AUGGACCUAGACGCCGCAGUCACCUGUCAGAAACUCCUCUCCAUUGAGCUGAUCCACACCGGCGAGGACACCAUCCAGGAUAUCCAUCAAAGUGCUUUCCGAUUCUCCCAUGAACAGGUCAUAAUCGGGUUCGAUUACGACGUCACUAAGGUGAAGAGCCUAAACGAGGCCUGUACAGCCAACGUCUUCAGCAAGCAGAAUAUCCAGGAUGACCACUAUAUUGGCGAUAUGGCGGGAAAGAAUAGCAUUGCGGCGCUGGGUCCGUUUACCACGUGGAGGUUGUCGGUUAGUACUGAUCGGACUAAUAAGGGGCUUGAUAUGAGUGGUGUUACGGAGGCGUAUUUGGAGUUCAGAGGGACUAGUCGGGCAUAUGUCAGGAACUGAGAAUGGGAUCGUCAUAUACGAUUAGUUUAUGGGAUAUAGAAUAAUCCACGAAUACAAUCCAGGGAGAGGAUUCUUCCAAUGCCAUACAAGCAGUGGAAACUUAGCUUGCUUACCACAAGCUAG